GGGGGCACCUAGCAGUUGGGCUCACCGCAGAGUCCGGGCUGACAAAGCCGGGCGGGGCGAAGCUUGCUCGGCCCACCCCGGCCCCGCCUCAGAGCCCGAUCCCGGUUUCGGUGCCCCAGGCGGCGCGCGCUCUUCCCGGCUGCUGCGCAGGUGUGAAAGUCACAAAUGUCGUCAAAUGAUGGAAGAUCCAGGAUUCGGGAGAGGGGCUACAAUGAGGUCCCAGGGGACUUGCCUCAUCAAGAUGGCACUGUAAGAACCCUCCAGACUCUUCACGACAGUGAGCUGGCUGUAAGUGCUGAUCCUUUGCCACCUCCCCCUCUCCCAUUACAGCCACCAUUCGGCCCAGACUUCUACUCAAGUGACACUGAGGAACCAGCCAUUGCACCAGACCUCAAGCCCGUACGACGCUUUGUCCCUGACUCCUGGAAGAACUUCUUCAGGGGAAAGAAAAAGGACCCAGAAUGGGAUAAGUCAGUGUCUGAUAUCAGAUACAUCUCCGAUGGCGUGAAAUGUUCACCUCCUGCCUCUCCAUCAAGAUGCAACCACCGUUCUCCCCCCAGCUCCUACAAAGAUCCUUCUGGAGGGUCAGAAGGCACUUUUAAUUCCCCAAAAGAGUCUGAUGGGAUGUUUCCCCAGGAUCCCUAUGCAUCUCUGGACCGACACACACAGACAGCUCGAACAUACAGUGAGAAGGUGGAGGAGUACAACCUGAGGUAUUCCUACAUGAAGUCUUGGGCAGGUCUGCUGAGAAUUCUGGGUGUGGUGGAGCUGCUUCUGGGGGCCGGAGUCUUCGCAUGUGUCACAGCUUACAUUCACAAGGACAGCGAGUGGUAUAACUUGUUUGGAUAUUCACAGCCGUAUGGCAUGGGAGGCGUUGGUGGCCUGGGCAGUAUGUAUGGGGGCUAUUACUACAGUGGCCCCAAGACCCCUUUUGUACUGGUGGUUGCUGGAUUAGCUUGGAUUGCUACCAUUAUUGUUCUGGUUCUUGGCAUGUCCAUGUAUUACCGAACUAUUCUUUUGGACUCUAAUUGGUGGCCCCUAACUGAAUUUGGAAUUAAUGUUGCUUUGUUUAUCUUGUACAUGGCGGCAGCUAUAGUCUAUGUGAAUGAUACCAACCGAGGUGGACUUUGCUACUAUCCAUUAUUUAAUACUCCAAUAAAUGCAGUGUUCUGCCGAGUAGAAGGAGGACAAAUAGCAGCAAUGAUCUUCCUCUUUGUCACCAUGAUUGUCUAUCUUAUCAGUGCUUUGGUUUGCCUAAAGCUCUGGAGGCAUGAGGCAGCUCGGAGACACAGGGAAUAUAUGGAACAGCAGGAGAUAAAUGAGCCAUCAUUGCCAUCGAAAAGAAAAAUGUGUGAAAUGGCCACCAGUGACAGACAGAGAGACCCAGAAGUUAAUUUCAAAGACUUGAGAACAACAAAAAUGAAACCUGAAUUGCUGAGUGGACACAUCCCUGCGGGCCACAUUCCUAAACCCAUUGUGAUGCCUGACUACAUGGCAAAAUACCCUGUGAUUCAAACAGAUGAUGAACGGGAACGCUAUAAAGCUGUGUUCCAAGACCAGUUUUCAGAGUACAAAGAGCUAUCUGCAGAAGUUCAAGCUGUCUUGAGGAAAUUUGAUGAGCUAGAUGCAGUAAUGAGCAGGUUGCCACAUCAUUCAGAAAACCGACAGGAACAUGAAAGAAUUUCAAGAAUCCAUGAAGAGUUUAAGAAAAAAAAGAAUGAUCCUUCAUUUCUGGAAAAAAAAGAACGCUGUGAAUACCUCAAGAAUAAACUCUCUCACAUAAAGCAAAGAAUUCAAGAAUAUGAUAAAGUAAUGAGUUGGGAUAUAAAUGGUUAUUCUUAAAUCUUAUCUGAAAUAACUUUUUUAUAACAAAUUUACUAUUUAUUUACUGCUUUUUUAUGCUACUCUCUGUGGUAGAAAAGAAAGUGCCUCUUCAAUCUGAUCCUCAUUAGCCUAACUGGCAUGCAAUGUUAAUCAGUAUGAUUUGCUCAAACAUUUCAGAACAGUUUCAGCUCAUUAGGAGACUGAGGCAGGAUGAUUUUUAAGUUCAAGGCCAACUUGGGCAAUGUCUUGAGACCCUGUCUCAAAAAUAAAAUUUAAAAAGAGCUGGGGAUGUAGCUCAGUGAAAGAGACCCUGGGUUCACUCCCCAGUACUAGGGGGGAAAAUCAAAUUUACUAAGGGCCUUCACUGAGAUGGGAGAAAUCCUGUAUUCAUCUGUGUACAGUUCCAUAUUUGUUUGUCAUUAAAAUAUGUUGUAGAGCCAGGCAUGGUAGUGCAUGCCUAUAAUCCCAGCGGCUUGUGAGUCUAAGACAAGAAAAUCGCUAGUUUUCAAAGCCAGCUUCAGCAACUGUGAGACCCUAAGCAACUCAGUGGGACCCUGUCUCUAAAUAAAAUUCAAAAUAGGGCUGGGAAUGUGGCUCAGUGGUCGAGUGCCCCUGAGUUCAAUCCCUGGUACCAAAAAAAAAAAAAAAAAGUAUUGUAACUUAGAGAUCAUAUCUUUGUU